UGAGCCGUCUGCAUCCUUUCAGCUUCGUGCGACCCCUAUCUGCCAGAGCUGGACACUCCCAAUGGAGGAGAGGAGAAGAAGAAGAUGCUGUCAUCACCGACCUAAAUGCAUGACAGUAGUGUGAAAACAUGCAUUCAUUUUGAAACGUCCUUGUGUAACUAUCUCUGUUUGGAGGUUGUGCAGGAUGACGAUGUCGUCCCAGUGCACCACGGAGCAAGCCGUGCAGGAGUUCCUGAUGGAGAGAGGAGGGAGGGUCCAACAGAUGGAGCUGAUGGAUCAUUUCCUAUCAGUUUCGGGGCCAAACGACCAGUCGAAGGAAGAUGAAGGGGUGGAUGGUGGUGAGGAGCUGCUGAGACGCAUCGUGGACAACGUGGGUGUUGUGAAGGUGGAAAACGGCGUGACAUUUGUUUGUUUGAACAGUGAAGACAGCGCGCAGUCGGUGAUGCGUGCAGACACAGGCGGCCACGAUCACGCGGAGUGCAAUGGUAAUAAUAUCCAGGAGACACUGGACAACGGCUAUGUCAACAGCACCCCUGACAACGUAGAGCAAACAGGAGCGUCCAGCUCGUUGGCUGCCAGUCUGGACAAUGACAAACAGUCCAAUGGAAAUGUGCAGCCUGCAACCCCCUCCCAGAAUAAUAAAACCAACAACACAGGGACUCCUACCUCUGGUGGAGGAGGGGAGGUGAAGCUGAGGGAGAGGAGAAGGCGAGAGUCGGCCCCAGUGAUUGGGAUUGCAGAUCUGGACCAGGCUCACCCUGCAGGGUCCCACAGCCAGCAGGUGAGAGGGGCUCGCAGGGUGUCCAAAGGGUCCCAGCGGGCCUUGCUGACCAGCUGCCUAUCUGAAGACAGCGCCUUGGAAGGGCUGGACCCUGUUGGAGACAUCAACACCCCCAAGGGAAGUCGCAGGAACUUCAUAGAGCUGAUGAUGAGCAGUUCUCCUCAGGUUCGGAGGUCCCUGAUCAACCGUGGUUCACGCAUCCGGGACUCGGUGAAGAGCGAUGGAGAUUCGACAUCGCUCCUCUCCUCAGCUACUGAUGAGGACUGUGCCUCGGUGACCCUGGACCCGCUGGAACAUGAGUGGAUGCUGUGCGCCUCAGAUGGCCUGUGGGACUGUCUGCAGCCCCUGCUCUCUGUGGAGCCGAGCCUCGUGGCCAAGAGAGACUUUGUGACCGGCUUCACCUGCCUCCACUGGGCAGCUAAGCAGGGCAAAGCUGAGCUGCUCUCCCAGCUGCUGGCCUUCGCCAAGGAGAACGCUAUACCUGUGAAUGUAAAUGUGAGAUCCAGUGCUGGAUACACACCGCUACACCUGGCAGCUAUGCAUGGACACACACAGGUGGUCCGUGUGCUGCUGUCGGACUGGGAGGCCGACCUUGAGGCCCGAGACUACAGCGGGAGGCGAGCCAUCCAGUACCUGUCCCCACCGCUGGCCGCUGACCUGCAGGAGGAGGGAGUGGUCACCUCACCGGGAGCUGAGUCAGACAAUGAAAACACCAACAGCGGCAGCAGCGGAAUGCGCGGCUGGCGAUUUCCCAGAGUCCUCCAGGGCAAUCUGAACCCACUGCGGCUCCUGAACCCGCCCGCCGAGGCAGCAGAGGAUGGAGUCGUGACCGGGAGGACCAAGGGGAGCAUGCAGAGGAAGUCGUCUCUGAGCCGACUGAACGCCCGGCUGCACCGAGGACGCCACCGAGCCCAGAUCAUCCACAGCGCCUCCUUCAGGGACGCGGGGGAGGUGGGAAGAGGAGAGGAUCUCCCCAGCAGCCCUCUCCGAACCCGACCACUGUCCAACCUGUUUGGAUGAAGUUACACAACUCUGAGAUAUAAACCAGUUUGACAAAAUGCAGUUUACUCACCUUUAUAAGCUGACAGGUCAGACGUUUUUAUGACCAAAAUCGACCUAACACAUCCUAAUAUACAGUUUAGUGUCAAGUUGAUUUUAAAGUUUUAUUUAAUCUAACUUAUUUUUGUUCCUUUUUUCAGUUAUUAGUUAAUCACAUGAGGGCAGAUCACAGAUCAUGUAGCGUUUUAUUUGCCACGACAAUUCAUUGAGUUAAAACUGAACCACGGCUCUGUGAAUUGCUUUUGAACUUAUUGGUUUUAGUGGAUUUUUCUAUCAUGUUUUAAGGCUCUGUUUUAGAGCUGGUAGCACACAAUACACCAGUUUAUUUUAUUAUUUAAUAUUUACACUAGAACAAUGUUCACACAUGCAAAAGCAGGCAGGAUUGUAUCAUGUUUUCACUUUUAGAUUUGACUCACAGUGGUGAGGGAUUUGAAAAUAGCACUUAGGUUUGAUUUAUCACUUAUCUAAAAUCUUGUUUUUGUUUGCAGAGUAAAGUAAUAUAUUCAUAGAACUAAUUUUCUAUAUUUCAACCUCCUUUGAUUGGAUGGUGCUGUUUUUUUAAAUUACAUUUCUGUAAUGGGAAUUAUUAUUUUUUAACUACCAGAUUUUAGUAUUGAAACUGUUGUAACCACAGCAUUCUUGUAUGUCCGAACAUCGAUGUACAGUUGUCAUGUUUGCACUUUGUCACUUUGGAGAUAGAUUGUGAUUAUGGGAGGAAACCGCUCAAACUAAAACCAUGCCAGCUGUUAUUGGUCCCAUGUCAUACUCAUAAGGGUGAUCAAAUUGUUACCUUUAGAUGUAAAAUGUACUGUAUAUAUAAAAGUACAAAUGAGUAAUUUUUCCUUAUACCUUUCACUUCAUUUGAUCAGUAGUUGACACCAAAAGAAGGCUGCCAUGGCUUUAGUUAGAUCCAAGUACUAUAAAGACACUGAUCAGUUAUACAGUAAGACUGUUUCACAGUGUAGAAGCACAGGGAGAACUGAUGUGGUUUUUCUACUGACCAUAAUGUACCUCAAGUCCUCUGAGUCUGAGCCAGAGUCUGGUCUACUCAUUAUUAAAUUGCUUCUUAAGCAGUUUAGGCCUCUAAUACUAGAUUGCAGUGUUUUUGUGCAAAUCUCCAAUUCUUAAAAUGUAUUAUAAUAAUUCUGUAUGUCAUGCAGAAAUCUAAUCUCAAAAUCUAAUCUAGUGAAAAGUUAUUUAGGUUAUUCAAGUUAUUCACUGAUUAGUUCUACAGUAAACAUGCAAUCAAACAAACUGAUUUAUCUCCACCAUUUAGUAAAUCAACCUCCUUGUAUUGUUCUAACCUUGCAUGUAUACAAUCAUUUGUCCAUUAAUCAUGUCUGCAUCGUCUGUGGACAGUAAAGAGUCUGUACCAGAAUAUGCUGGAUGUUUAGCUGAGGAGCACAUUGACUUUUUGACUGUUUUUCCCAAAUAUGUGAACCUCGCUUAUAUCUGAUUACUGGAUCAACGACACAUCCUAUAGAUUUCAUGAAUGUUCCCUUAAUAUUUUGUAGCAUUUGUACUCAAAUCAUAGGGCUUCAUGUAACUGUAUGGUUGACUCUUUUGAUGUAGAAAUGUAUUGUACAAACCUACUUUGAUGUCACUUUUUUCAGAUGCAUGAAUAGGGGAAAUGCUAUGCACUGUUACUUUGUAUGUUUUGUAAGUCAUUUGUUCUGUCUUCUUUGUGAAAUACUGUGAAGUUAUGUGGUGUGAAUACACUGUUACUGAACCACUGUCAUCUUUGUCCUCAUGUCUCAUCAUUGAAUAUGAAAUAAAGCAAUACUGGUUUGCAUAAA